UGAGGCUUCUGCAAUAUCCAUACUCUUAAUUCGGAGCAAUGGCACCAAAAUCUGAUCUUUCUCUUUUCAAAGUCACUCCCCUCCUCCUCCUCGCCCUAUUUUCUUUCCUCUCUAAUGCAACGGCAAACUCAUCUCCGCUUGAGUUCCUUGAGCAUCUUAAGGGUUGUCAAAAAGGUGACAAGGUCAAGGGCAUCAAUGACCUCAAGAAGUACCUUCACAACUUCGGUUACUUGAACUACAAGAACCACAUUCAUUCUGAUGACGAUGAUUUCGACGAGCUCUUGGAGGAAGCCGUCAAGACUUACCAGCUCAAUUUCCACCUCAAGUCCACCGGAACGGUGGACGACAAAACCAUAUUACAGAUGAUGAUGCCUCGUUGUGGUGUGCCCGAUAUCGUCAAUGGCACCACAUCCAUGCGAUCAGCCAAGAUAAAGCACCAGCACGGUUCAAUUCAUACCACUGUUCACUACUCAUUUCCUAAUGGAAAACCAAAAUGGCCUUCCUCUAAAUACCAUCUGACAUACGCUUUCUUCCCCGGCACCCCAUCCCAAGCCACGGGUGCUAUAGCACAGGCUUUCGCAACAUGGGCUAGAAGCACUCCCUUCAAGUUCAGUCAGGCCCAAAAUUACCAGAAUGCAGAUGUCAAGAUUAGUUUUCACCGAGGUAAUCAUGGAGACGGGCGUAAUUUUGAUGGGCCUGGCGGAGUGCUGGCCCAUGCUUUUUACCCUACGGAUGGAAGAUUCCACUUCGACGCAGCUGAAAAUUGGUCCGCGGGUGCUAAACCAGGUGCCUAUGACUUGGAGAGUGUUGCUUUGCACGAAAUAGGGCACCUUCUGGGACUUGGACAUAGCUCAGUGAAGGGAGCUGUCAUGGCAGCAACCAUCUCCCCGGGAGUCACUCUUAAAAGUUUGAACGAGGACGAUAUUCAAGGAAUUAAAGCUUUAUACAACGUUUGAGGAGUAGUGCUCGAUCAAAUAAUUUAAAGCAUUGUUAAUUGUAUGCCUUUUACUGGUUAUGUUCCCCCAAAGGCAACUUUUAGUUUUUCUUAUUAACAAAUAAUGCACCUGUAUGCUGUGUACAACAGUGGAUGAAUAAAAGUACCAUCUUCUGUUGCCAAA